CCCCUUUUCUAAAACCAAGCCAACCUGUUGAGUGUCACAGAGCUGAAAGCAGGGUGUUGGCGUACUGUGUGGAGAAAAGUCGCUGCUUCUGAGUCAGAUAUCCGCCUUCUUGGGAGAAAUUUCCUCGUUUUUUUGCCGUUACUUAAUAUACCGUGUGAGAGGUAAACAACCUCAAGCGUGAAAAUGUCAAAGAUCUGUGCUCUAGUGUUGAUGACACUUGUGUCUCUGGUGUUUGCGGAGGAACAGAACACGGAAGAGGACCCAUUUACCUUUGACUACCAAAGACUGCGUGUUGGAGGUCUGAUUCUAGCUGCUGUCCUCUGUCUCAUCGGCAUCACCAUCCUGUUCAGUGGCCACUGCAGGUGCAAGUUCAACCAGGACAAGAGAAGGAGGACAGGAAGCAAUGCUCAGCAGAUGCUCUCCGACCAAGGUCGUUCCUGUGACUGCUAGAUGUCAGCCAGAACAAACGCUGACUUCCCAAACCUGCAACCAACAGAUAACACGGAGGAGCAGCAGCGGGAUUUGAUCCAUCCAACGAGAGGCUUUUGUUUUAUUGUUAGAGAGCAACAGAAAGUAGUCUGUGUACCAGCUGUGAGGUGUGAUGCUUUCUGCCUGCUAGUUGAGCUACUGAUCUGCAGCAUGCACCUUCACACACACACACAAACAUUUGUACACCCAAGUUGUCACUUUCACUUCAACCAUCUGGACCAUUUUUGGCAAGUUGAAAAGGCUUUGACAUGAUGAAACAAUAAAUCCUGUUGAGAAUUCCUUUUAUAACUCAGUGUGAAUGUGUUGUCAUUCAUUGUUGAUACUUUUGGUUGGCUGAGCUGAAAGUGACCUCAUAUAACAGUUCACACAGACCUAUUACCAAAAAUAUCCUUAAGUGUCCACAUACUGUAGGUUGUGUCAAUGUCUCGCACUACUUCUCUGCUCUGCUGUAUGUAUAAGGUAAACAUUGAUGUAGAUAUUAGUCGCUUACUGUGACCAACCUAACCCACUGUCCAUGCUUUCAUGUCACAUAUAUGACAUAUACAUAGUCAUGAGUGUUUAGAGUGCUGUUGAUAAUUCAUGAUAAUCUGUUUAGCUUUAUGGAGGAAAGUAGUGGAUUGCACUGUUCAGAGAUACAAGAACACUCUGUCAUAUUUCUAUAAAACAACUAUUGAAACAAA